AACAAACUUGUUCCGGCAAUCUGGAGCGGUUUUUCAACAACAACGUCACAAACUCAUUCUCAUCGUGAUACACUCGAUCCUUCCUGCGCUAUAAAUGGCAAUUUUGCAGACAAUAUCAACGAACUUGCAGAUCGUUUCAGAGAAUUGGGUCUAUUAGAUAGAAAACCAACGAAAAGGCCACCGCCUAGUUAUCUCUGUCACCUGUGUUUCAAGAAAGGUCAUUAUAUCAAAGAUUGCCCGCAGGCAAGACCAAAGGGUGAAGGUUUAACGCCGUAUCAAGGAAAAAAACGAUGCUUCGGAGAAUACAAAUGUCCCAAAUGCAAACGCAAAUGGAUGUCGGGUAAUAGCUGGGCCAAUAUGGGCCAGGAAUGUAUUAAAUGUCAUAUAAACGUUUAUCCUCAUAAACAAAGACCAUUAGAGAAACCAGACGGAUUGGAUGUGUCCGACCAAAGUAUUCAUCCGCAACAUCUCUGUCAAAAAUGUAAAACUCUUGGUUACUAUUGUCGAAGAGAUCAAUAAUACGAUAUACUAUAUAAUACUCCAGGACUGAUUAAUUUUAACAAACAGAAAUAUAAAUUCCACGUACAUACUCGUCGUUCUUUUAAAUUCGUACAUGAUCAAUGAUGAAUCUUCGUACCGAUCGAUGAAUCUUUCCUGAAAAUUUACCAUUACUACAACAUAUUGUAACUUAUCGAUAUCUGUUCGAAUCUCAUAUAAUAUGGUAUUAUUCUA